CUCGCCAAUCCGUCCGUAGGUCCAAAACGCCCAAUGCAAUCAGUCAGUCGACACAGCAGUCCAAAGAAUCGUCUCAAGACAGUGAAGGCCCUAGCUAAGUAUCGUCUCCCUUAGAUUUCUCUAGUGUGUCCACACGAUAAGCCCUGCAAUGCAAAGACACACAGACCCCGCCACAUACGUCUCUCUGACCCCCUCUCUCUCGCCCGCCUUAAUUCGCUCGUACCUUUUCCAUCAGCUGCGUGGGGCUGUGCAGGUCCAUUCCCCCUCUCGAUGCGCUCACAGGCGUCCUCAGCCGGGGGCUGGGCCCUGCACCGGCUGUCGGGGAUUUGAGCACCUCCCCUGCAGCUGGCUGGCAGUGCGUGCCUUGAGCCUGUUGAAGAUCGGUGACCUUGAGCACCGGCGUCUCCGCUAAUCGUUUUCUUCUUCGCCAGCCGAGGCAGCUGCAGGCGAUGAGUGCGCCGAGGAUCAACCCAGCUGCGAUGACAGCUGCGGAUAUGAGCCAGCCGGCAUUGGCUGAAGACUCAUCUCUGUCGGGCUGAGGUGCGCGCGAGACGGCUGGCGUAUUGAUGGUGGGGACUGCAUGGCAGGAAGGAACAGACAGGUGUGUCUCCAUGGAUUGCGCCAUGCUCGCUGGCUGACCGCAUGUCUGUGUGGUCUCAUCAAAUGUGUAUGGCGGAUAGCAGCGGCAGGAGAAUAAUGUGUCGCCCAGCGCAACACAUCUGCCGUCGCGGCAUGGGUUCGCAUAACACGGGCUGCCCUCCAAUGCUGCGCGCACACAACACACAAAAGCAUCACAGAGAGACAUCAAUCGCAUCCCUUCCUCUGCGUGUGCAUGUCUGGGCUGAUCUGCUUACGAUCGCAUCGUCUUGUGGUCGUGUUGAAGGCGUAGAACUCAGGACAUUUGCAUGUGUAGGAGCCGACGGUGUUCUCGCACGUAGCCCCCACCACGUAGGAACAGCCGUCCCAGCCGCGGGCACAUUCGUCGAUGUCUGCAGACACACCCACACCCACACCCACACAGAUAUGGAGAGCGUAGGCCUGCACGCAAUGCCAUAUGGGUUACCUCGGCAGAGCCCAUCUCCGUUGUCUUGGUACCCUGGUGGGCAAUCGCAUCUCGUCCCAUCAAGGCCAGCAUUCACACACACACGCGGGGGCGGACACACGACUGCCGCGCACCUACCCCUCUCUACACCACACCACAAACACACGAGCAUCCACUCCCACAAAAUGUUAUACUGGUGCUUUUGUCAGGUUUCUCACCCCUGACGAGCCGAAAGGAGCCCACGGCAGCCUGGUAGCUCCUCCAGUGAUACCGAUAAUCCCCAAUCCCUUCGGCGCCAUCGACCGGCGGCACAAAGCCACACACCGUCACCGCACCGGAGCCCACCCCGUGUGCCUGCGGAUCGAUCGUCACGUUGCAUGCGGCCAUGGGCACCCCGUCGACAAGUCGCCUUCCAGGCCGACAAGGGAUCACAUGGUCGACCAGCGGCUCUGUCGGCGCAUCGCUGCCGCACCGCGCAUUUGGGGUUGGAUGGAUCAGCAGCUGGAACAUCGGCCUCGGGGCGACAGCAGAGAAGGAGAGGGAGCACAUGCCGUUGGCAGGACAGGCCAGCCGAUCGCCGCCCACAAAGCCGCUAGCCACACAAGGUAGCUUUCCGGCUCUGUCUGUCGUCAUACACUGCUUUGGUCCAGCCACGGGUGUCGGACAGCAAUCGGGGUCCUCGCAAAGGCCCACGGAACACUUUCCACAUCGUUUUGGGCAGCACAGGGCUCCGCCCGCAGACGGCAGGCCGCCCAUACUCUGCAUACAUGUCAGUGCUUGGUCAGAGGGCGGAUCUGCAAGGAACCAUCAAACAUACAACUCGAUACUUCCUGAUGCCAAAAGGAGCGAGCUCCUUUGUUCACACCAUCGAGACAGGGCGCCUGUCCUGACGCAAAACACUGUCGUGUCUCCCUUUCCGCAAAGAUGAAUUUCGGGCAGCAGUUGCGUACCCCUCCUGGCCGAUCUUCGCAUCCGCCCUGCUGACAGACGCCGCACUCCAUCGGGCAGCACACAGCAGAGCCGCGGUCCGCUCCAGUCGACACAAUCCCACCGGCCCAGAGACACGUGCCAAAUGUAGUUCUGCUCUUGUCGAUCAUGCACGGGCUGCGGCCGACCUCAUCGCACAUGCGGCCGGUGGGAAUGACGGAGGGACAACACUCUCUGUGUGUCCAGUGGCUCCUGCUCUCACAGUCAAUCUCGCUGCACACGCCACACCGUGCAGGGCAGCACGCGGCCAAGCCAUUGUUUGUGGCUGUCUGCUCAAGGAUGCCGCCGGCGGACGCGCACGACAUCACAGCCGUGUUCUUGCUCACUGAAGAGCACAGCACAUGCAGUCAUUGCUUGUUUGGCCCUCGAAUUGUCGCGUCUUACUUUUCUUUCUCCAGUCAGUGAGUGCGAGAGCCCCUCUGCCGUCGACGACGCCCCAUCCUGCACGAAAGCUGUAUUUGUCGUCCAUUGGUGUGGCUUUCCGGGGGGAGACGGCUGUUAAUCGAACGGCCAGGUAGAGGUCGCGUGGUGCCAGGGAAGGGUCUUGCUGCUUCAUAAGGGCCAUGAGGGCGCCAACGUGAGGAGCUGCCGCGCUGGUGCCCUAAAACCGGGGAGACAGGACAGAUGUGCAAAGACAUGGAUAUGGCCGUGGGCGGCUUACAAAGAAGUUGGGAUAGCCAGUGGCGUCUGUGUCCCCCCAGCCGCCGAAGAACGUGGUGUCCACUCCAUCAGGAGCCACCACAUCAGGGGUAUAGACCAGCGCUGGUGGGUCCAUCCGUCGGCCUUCGUUGUCAAAGUGGCUCGGAAUUGGACCGCCAGACGAGGCACGAUUCGGCGUAUGUGUGCCAUUGCUGACCCAGUCAGUCGUGAAGUACUGAUAGUUCGACGCCCCCACGGAAAAGGCCUCCGGGAUGUUGACGUGUCCGAAAGCUGUCGGUGACUGGGUGUCGUACGUGAGUGCGGUCUUGUCGACGCCAUUGUUUCCUAAAUCGAUCCACUUCAGGAUGACUGGGUCGGCUACAAGAGGUCCAUUGACGAGCUCGAUCAUGAGUAAGAAAGUCUUGUUGAGAUAGUUGCUGUUUGUCCAGUAGAGGACCUCGACGGGAUCGGCUCCGCGAUUGUCCCAUGUGGACUUGGCAAGGAUGUCGCUCAUGUUCUUAGUCGUCGCAUAGCUCGGCAGAGCCAAAUAGAUGUCGAAAUCGUGGAGCGGUCCAGGGGGGCCAUACGUUGAGAAUUGAGGGGCAGUCCAUUGGAAGACGAGAUAAAGCCGCCCAUCUGGCGCAAUGGAGAUGGUUUGGUACACAUCAACAUUUCCUGGAGAGUAAUCAAAGUCGUGAAGGAUGCCGAGGCCCGGUCCUUGGACCGCUGAGCUUCGAAAUGGCGCUUCAUACGAGUUGAGGCCCUCGUUGCCCGUAGCUGAGACAUAUGCGACGCCGUGCUCAAAUGCACUCUUGACUGACCGAGACACGAGGCUCUGACGGCAGAAAGACACAGUUGUGUGUACGAUGUCGUGCGACACGUGGUUUGCGAUUGACUGACCGACUUCGUGAAAGAAACUCUCAUGGACGUGCACCACGUCAUCCACAAUGAUAUCGCAUCCCACAUCAACCAGCUGAUCUAUGGCGGCUGAGAACUUGGCCAGGCCACCGAAGCCUGUCGCAUAGUACAGCUGAGCACCCGGGGCAAUGUCAUGGACGAUCUGCAAACGGACAAAAUGGACAUCUGUUGAUGGAAAAGGGAUGUCCCUGACUGACAGACAAUCUACCUGUAGCACAGCCCUGCCUUCAUCCCUCCCCAAGGAAUAAUCCGAUACCACCUGAACCUGGGGAAGGUCUCCCGAGCUCCUGUCGUCAGCGCCGGUCGGCGGCAGCCCCUUCUGGUCGAAACUGUCCGCAAUCACGCCAACCUUCACGCCACUUCCAUCCACUCCAUAUUUCUCACGAGUCGACCUCGUCACGUUUAUGCUGCCAGAACCCUGAGUGAUUGUCUUGCCUGCACGGGUGAAUGACCUCGAUAGCUCUACUCGAUGGAUGCCGGCCCCUGCACUGAGGCUCUCAAUCGACGGGAUGUCGCUCAUGCUGAGCCAGCCUGAGCAUACUCGGCCUCGACAGACGGCGUCCUUCAGACGGAUGCUGCCGCAGCUGUCCUCAGGGUAGGGCUCGUGAAGGAAGCAGUCAACUACACAAUAGCCUGCCUUGUCGACUCUGAAUCAAGACAACAACGCAUGCAAGAGCGUGCUGUGCAAGCGCAUCCCCGCCCAUUCGUUACCUCAGAGCGAACUCUCUGUCUUCUUCCGUCUCGCUGCCUGACGGCGCGACUGUCUCUGACGCUUGCAAGACCCGCCUGUACGCGCACCACUCAUGGUAAAAGGCUCUCAGGGCCGAGUCCAAAAUGACAUUCUUGUCCAUCUCACGAAGCCUCUGGCAAUCGGCCUCCGCCAUUUUGAAAGCGAAGCCACCUGCAAGAAAAGCAGAGUCUGACCAUCAUUGAAUUCAGCAAGAUGAGGUCCUACCGAUGAGCCCCAAGGACAGAAGCAGCCGUGAACACCACACACAGCUCUUGAAUCUCCUUUUUGUCACUCUCAGCCUCAUUUCGCGACCCCGGAGAUAAUUGGUGUCCAUGCUAUCAGAAGGAGAGACAUCAGUCAAUCGCACAGUAGCCAGCCUUGUCGACUCUGCAUGCAAAGACCGUACUGUGCGAGCACAUCCCCGCAUCCAUGACCUCUUCUUCCUCAUCACUGACUGGAUGUGGCUGACAGUGUCUCUGACGCUUGUAAACCCACCUGUGUCAGCCGAGUCCGAGAUGUCCGUCAUUCGUGUGUCACGCAGCUUCUGGCAGUCGGCAUCCGUCGUGGAAAGCCAUCUGCAAGAAAGAUACUAGGAGAGAUAGAGUAUGACCGUCAUUUGAAUUCAGCAAGAUGAGGUCCUACCGAUGAGCCCCGCGCAGAUCAGAAUCGCCAGACCAGCAGAGACCACACACAGCUCGUCGCGACGGGCCCCAAAACGCAGUGGGAGGUUUGCCAGGCUCUCCCUCCCUCUCCUUCCUGCAUUCCUUUCCGAAAGAGGAGAAGAUGCAGCCUUCGAUUUGUCCUCCAUGUCCUCUAUCGCCAUACCGUGGAACUGCGACACUCCCACCAUCGGCUGGCGAUGCCAUCGAGCCAUCUGGAGAAGAGGGCGACGGCAUCAGAUUCC